UCCCCCCGUUUCCAUUGUGCUGCUCCGGACUCUCGCUUCGGGCUCGUUUUUAAUGUGCGCAGCGUUUGCUUUAUAUCAGUAUGAUUCGCUGUGAUUCCGAUCGGCGUUUAACACGCGUGACUAGCAGGGCGAUGCAUUGCUGAUACGGUCAGAAGUCGGGGGGAAGCGUUUGCAGGAUUUUCAGGAAACCAAAGUUUUGGGGGUAGUGAUCGCGAGCCAGGUUCGCUUCAAGUUUUCCUUUUGGUUUGCAGCAGUUUAGAUUCGCAAACCUUUCAAGCCAGGCAGGCAAUCAUGGCGAAAUGGGUGCUGGAAGGAGCUGUGUAUUUAGCUGGAUUUUCCCCGCAUCGGACGCCGUUUCCGAAGCCGGCUGCCCACUGGGGUUGCGGUAAGUUUGCAGCCUGGAGCUUGGCGGCCGCCUGCGCGCUUUGGUGCUGCGGGCAGGGCUGCGCCGAGGAACCCUCCAUCCUGGAAGAGGCGCAGGUUCUGGCUGCCCAGAUGAAGAAGCUGUCCUCGCAGGAGCUGGGGGUUUUCGCCAUGCAGAGAAUAUUCAACUCCUUCAUUUACACCGAAAAAACGUCUAAUGGCGAGACAGAAGUACAGCAGCUGGCUAAGAAGAUCCGCGAGAAGUUCAACCGCUACCUGGAUGUGGUGAACAGAAACAAGCAGGUGGUGGAGGCCUCGUACACGGCCCACCUGACCUCGCCCUUGACGGCCACCCAGGACUGCUGCAAAAUCCCACCCUCCAUGAUAGAGUUUGAUGGCAAUUUUAACACGAAUGUAUCCAAAACCAUCUGCUGCGAUCGACUGUCCCCCACUGUCAACAGCCGAGCCUUCAAUCCUGGCAGGGACCUCAAUUCAGUGCUUGCGGACAACCUCAAAUCCAACCCUGGGAUCAAGUGGCAGUACUUCAGCUCUGAGGAGGGCAUAUUUACAGUGUUUCCAGCCCACAAAUUCCACUGCAAGGGGAGCUAUGAGCACAGAAGCAGGCCGGUGUAUGUUUCCGCUGUGAGGCCACAGUCCAAGCACAUGGUGGUGAUUAUUGACCACGGCAGCUCCAUCACAGACAUCCAGCUUCAGAUUGCACGGGACGCCGCUGUGGUCAUCCUGAACUCCAUUGAUGAGCAUGACAAGAUCUCGGUGUUGACGGUAGCAGAUACCGUUCGUUCCUGCUCCUUGGACCAGUGUUACAAAAGCUUCCUGUCUCCCACCACCAGUGAGACCAAGAGGAAGAUGGCCUCCUUCAUCAGCAACAUCAAGGCCUCUGACAGCCCCACCCAGCAUGCUCUAGGUUUUCAGAAAGCCUUUCAGCUCCUCAGGAACACCAGCAACGUCACCCGACAGCAAAUGACCACAGAUCUGGUGAUCAUCUACCUGUCCUCUGGCAUGACCUCCAGGCACUCAUCCGAGUAUGAAAAAAAGACCACUCUCAGUGUGGUGAAAGAAGAAAACCGCCACCUAAACAACUCCGUGAUGAUUCUCACCUACGCCCUCAUGAACGAGGGGGUGACUGGGCUUAAAGAACUGGCGUUUCUGAGGGACCUGGCAGAGCAGAACUCGGCGAAGUAUGGCGUGCCGGACCGCUCGGCCCUCCCUGUGGUCAAGGGCAGCAUGAUGGUCCUAAACCAGCUGAGCAACCUGGAGACCAGCGUGGGGCGCUUCUACAUCAAUCUGCCCAACCGCAUGAUUGACGUGGCCGUGUUCAGCCUGCCCUACACUGACCCAAUGGGUGACGGUUUCAUCAUGACCGUAAGUCGACCAUGCUACUUCGGAAACCUCUUGCUCGGCGUUGUGGGAGUUGAUGUCAACCUGGCCUACAUCUUAGAAGACGUCACAUACUACCAGGACUCUUUGGCCUCGUAUACCUUCCUCAUAGACAACAAAGGAUAUACCCUCAUGCACCCCUCCCUCACCCGGCCCUACCUGAUGACAGAGCCCCCCCUUCACACUGACAUCAUCCACUACGAAAACAUCCCCGGGUUCCAGACAGUGCGUCAGAACAUUCUCAGCCUCCCGUUGGGCAGCCAGGUCAUUGUGGUGCCUGUCAACUCCUCCCUGUCCUGGCACAUGACCCGUCUGCGAGACACCAGCCGGGACUCCUACAACGUCAGCUACGCCUGGAAACUGGUCCAGGACACCAGCUUCAUCCUGUGCAUUGUCUACGUCCAGCCCGAAGUUCCGGUCAAGCACUUGAAGAACCUCAACACGGUUCCCAGCAGCAAGCUCCUCUACCACCGGCUGGAUCUGCUAAAUCAGCCCAACUCCUGCCUGCACUUCAAACAGCUCGCAUCAGUCGAGAGCCCGACCGUCAUGCUGUCCGCCGGGAGCUUCUCCUCCCCAUACGAGCACCUGAGCCAGCCGGAGACCAAACGCAUGGUUGAGCAUUACACGGCCUACCUGAGCGACAGCACGCGCCUCAUCGCCAACCCGGGGCUCAAGUCGUCGGUCAGAAAUGAGGUCAUGGCCACCAGUCACAUAACCGACGAAUGGAUGACCCAGAUGGAGAUGAGCAGCCUCAACUGCUACAUCGUGCGUCGCUACGUGGCCACUCCCAGUGGGGUGCUACGCAUUUACCCUGGAUCUCUCAUGGACAAAUCCUUCGACCCUACUAGAAGACAGUGGUACCAGCAUGCAGUGGCCAAUCCGGGACUCAUCACCUUCACUGGGCCUUACCUGGAUGUGGGUGGCGCUGGCUACGUGGUCAGCAUCAGCCACACCAUCCACGUCUCCAGCUCUCAGGCCACCCCUGGCUCCGCAGUGGCAGUGAUGGGCAUCGACUUCACCCUGCGCUACUUCUACAAGGUGCUGCUCGACCUGCUGCCCAUCUGCAACCAGGACAAAGGCAACAAAAUCCGGUGUUUCAUUAUGGAAGACAGAGGGUACCUGGUCGCACAUCCCACCCUGAUCGACCCUAAAGGGCACGCCCCCGCCGAACAGCAGCACAUCACGCACAAGGAGCCUUUGGUUGCCAAUGACAUCCUCAACCAUCCCAACUUUGUCAAGAAGAACCUGUGCAACAGCUUCAGCGACCGGACGGUUCAGCGCUUCUACAAGUUCAACACCAGCAUUGUGGGUGACCUGACCAACCUGGUCCACGGCAGCCAUUGUUCCCGGUACCGGCUGACCCGCAUCCCGGGCACCAACGCCUUCGCUGGCAUUGUGAACGAGACAUGCGACUCCCUGGCGUUCUGUGCCUGCAGUACGGUCGACCGUUUGUGUCUUAAUUGUCACAGGAUGGAGCAGAACGAGUGUGAGUGCCCAUGUGAGUGCCCCCUGGAGGUCAAUGAGUGUACCGGCAAUCUCACCAGUGCAGAAAAUAGGAACCCCAGCUGUGAGGUGUACCAGGAACCCCCCUCCCUCAUCGACUCCUGCCAGCAGGACCUGCCCCAGUGCAUCAACACUCACUGCAGCCAAAGGUUUACUAGCAGUGAUUGCUUCGGGGUGCUGGACUGCGAGUGGUGCAUGGUGGACAGCGACGGGAAGACCCACCUGGACAAGCCCUACUGCGCCCUGCAGAAGGAGUGCUUUGGAGGGAUUGUGGGAGCCCGCAGCCCCUACAUGGAGGGACUCGGGGACCAUGAUGAUGAGGCUGCCUCUCUCAGCACGAUCAAGAGCGCGCCGGUCGGACCAGUGGCCGGUGGCAUCAUGGGCUGCAUCAUGGUUCUGGUCCUGGCAGUGUACGCGUACCGGCACCAGAUCCACCGCCGCAGUCAUCAGCACAUGUCCCCAUUGGCCGCGCAAGAGAUGUCCGUGAGGAUGUCCAACCUCGACAAUGAGCGAGAAGAGGACAGCCACGAAGACCGGGGAAUAAUCAGCAACACGCGCUUCAUCGCGGCGGUCAUGGAGAGACGGGCGCACAGCCCCGAGCGAAGGCGCAGGUACUGGGGCCGGUCCGGGACAGAGAGCGACCACGGCUACAGCACUAUGAGCCCUCAGGAAGACAGCGAGAACCCUCCCGGCAACAACGACCCUCUGUCGGCAGGCGUGGACGUCGGUAACCAUGACGAGGACCUGGAGCCCGACACGCCCCCCCAGACGGCAGCACUGCUGAGCUACAAAUUCCAUCCAUACCGGCAUUCGUCGCAUCUUCCACUGCACCACUUGCACCGCUUGCAGGCUGCUGUCACCGUGCACAGCGUGGAUGCCGGGUGCUGAUCUGCGAAAGGGCGCCCCCUUCCUUCCAUUAAGCUACUGUCUCAUUCAGACCCUCGAGGCCCAUGGAACCAAAUGGUGGCCAUUUUGCUGUUGAUAAAAAUGACUGUGAACAAGGCACAGAUGGAUAUCUUACGGCACGGUACGAGUAAAAUAAAUGUUAGACGAGGCCAGUCGCUUCGUGGACGUCACGGCCACAAGAGAUCCGUGUGAUCCAUGCUCCUCAGAUUUUAGGUGAGGAUAAAAAUGGUUAUUUUUUUACUAUUUAUUUAACAGAACUGAAAAAAUACCGUCUGCAUUUUCAUUUAGCACAGUGUUGCCUAAAGGCAAUUUGAAAAGACAUUGAAAACGGCAGAGACCGUUACCGUGGUUAUUCCCCCCCCUCGCCCCCCACCCCAAUCCCUUUAUCAAACUUGGAGAUUUUCCAUUUUAACUGUACAUUUUUUAUGUAUGGAACAUGAAGGUGAAAAAAUUUGUGUAGGAGAAGCUGAUGGUCUUGGAACUGGAGAUGUUCUUGCGAAAUGCUACAGUGCGCAGCCCCGGUGUCGUCCAACUGAAAUGUUUUAUGGGUUUUCCCUCUGUGUCCUUGGGCUCAUGUUGAACUUGGAGUUGUCUGUUGCGUGCUCCAGUUUCGGCGUUCCAUAAAGCCGGCUACACUGCACUGGGGUAGCCGGGUCGAGGUCGACGCAGCCUCCCUCAGUCCCAUUUUAAAAAGGUUGACGUCUCCAUCCAGCUUGUAUUCAUCCAAAGGUAUCGGGUGAAGAAAAACUUGCCUAUUUUUAGCCCAGAGUUUGCAGGAAGGUUCCUGAAAGGCGCGUAACAGAAGCAGCUCCGGCUGCCACACCAAGAGGAUUUUUAUCCAGUAAUGCAUCACUUAAUCCCACCAAUGGAACUUUUCUACCACCACUAAGUACCGGAUAAUGAUUUGUCAGUGCUCCAGUCUGCCGGAAUCCUCUUUGUCCUUUCUGGCAUUGAGGCAAGCUAUGUUUUAAUUUUUUAAGCACUGGCAAUCUAUUGUUUUUAAUGGAGAAUAUUAACAGUAUUAUUCACUGUUGCGAGCAAAGAACACCUGGUGUAUGUUAAACACUAAAUUACAUUGUACUGGGAAAAAAAUGUGUAAAGUUCUUUCUUCCAGUGGAAAUAAAAGAAAUGAAAUUUGUAA